CCAGCAGCAAGACGAGUGGCAGCAGCAGCAGCAGCAGCAGCAGCGGACAAAAUUUCUUUCCUUUCCUUUCGUUUCCCAAUGUGGUGCAAGUUGCAAAAGUUUUGUGUCAAUGCCAAAAAUUACUAGAACGGAUUCCAAACAAAAAUUGUUCAAACAAUCCAGAUUAGGCAAGUCUCUGUCGUCCCGGAAAGGAUCUCGAACGGGCAAUUCGGCCAACAACAAGGAACUCAAAGUGCUCACCCUGCUGCAGUCUGUGCCGUGAAUUAGACACCAAGCAACAAGCAACUCCAAUCACUCAAUCCCCUACGCACAUUUGGCAGGAAAAUCGAAAAAUAGAAAAAAAAAACAAAAAUG